AUGGCCACCGACACCUCCUCCACCUCCUCAUCCAACAAACGUCAAAAAACCACCGGCGAAAAACCCUUCCGCCUAAUCUACUGGCCCGGCAUCCCCGGCCGCGGCGAACACAUCCGCCUGGCCUUCGAAGCCACCGGCACGCCCUACACCGACGUUGCCAAAACCGACUCUGCAAUCCCCACAAUCACAAACCUCAUCAGCGAAGAUAACACCGGCGACGACCACCACAACCCACCGCCCUUCGCGCCCCCGAUCCUCCAACACGGCGACGACGUUUUGAUUUCGCAAACCUCCAACAUUUUGCUGUACCUCGGUCCCAAACUCGGUCUUGUGCCGGACCCGAAAGAAGAUCCCGUCGGUCUGUACCACGUCAAUGCACUUGCCUUGACCGCACUGGACGGGUUAUCCAAUGAACCGCAUGACGUACACCAUCCCAUUGCUGUGGGAUUGUAUUAUGAAGACCAGAAGACGGAAGCGCUUCGAAGAGCGAAGGAUUAUCGUGAGAAUCGACUUCCGAAGUUCUUGGGGUAUUUUGAACGUGUUUUGAGUGGGAAAGCUGGUGGAAGAAGUGGUGAGGGUGGAUAUUUGUAUGGAGGUAAACUCACUUAUGCGGAUUUGGUCUUGUUUCAGUGUUUGGAUGGGUUGAGUUUUGCGUUUCCGAAUUAUAUCAAGAAGAUUAGGGAGAGUGGGCAAUAUGAUAGGGUGUGGAAGUUGUAUGAGAGGGUCAAAGGGUUGGAGACGAUCAAGAGUUAUCUGAAGAGUGAGAGGAGGGUAGAGUAUGGGAUGGGCAUUUAUCGACAUUAUCCGGAGUUGGAUGAUGAGGAAUGA